GGCCUUGUUAUAUACUACCCAAGAUGUGAAGGCCCAUGUUCUAUGGGCCCAUAAAUAUGACGCCAUUGUAACUGGAGCUUAUGUUUUCGAAUAGUAACACUGGCGCUCCCUGCCCUAAACCCUAGCGUCUCUUCAUCUUCAAUUUUUGUGCUUUGAUCUAAGACCUAGCUUGUUUUCAAUUUCUUCAGCACAAUGAAGCUCGUCAGAUUUUUAAUGAAGCUGAACAACGAGACGGUCUCAAUUGAGCUCAAAAAUGGCACCGUUGUUCAUGGAACUAUUACAGGUGUGGAUGUGAGCAUGAACACACACCUGAAGGCUGUCAAAAUUACGCUAAAGGGGAAGAAUCCAGUGACGUUGGAUCACCUGAGCGUGAGGGGUAACAACAUCCGUUAUUACAUCCUCCCAGACAGCUUAAAUCUUGAGACGCUGCUGGUGGAAGAUACACCCAGGGUGAAGCCAAAGAAGCCAACAGCUGGAAAGCCUUUGGGACGUGGUCGUGGGCGCGGCCGUGGACGUGGACGUGGUCGAGGCCGCUAAAUGCAUUCCAGCUACUCUUAUUUUUUUUUUUGCAGUGGUGUCUAUGUAAACAUAUAUGUAUGGAUGGAGAGACUUGCUCUUAGUUUUCUAGCAGAAAAGAGAUUGAUCUAAUGCAACAAUUUAUUCCGGAUCUUUAAAGUCUGAGCACGUUAUUUCGUUUCGCACGA